CUGUUGUGUGUCAGCUGGGUCAACCCACCGGAAACCGGAACUCUUAUGAUCGCGUCUGAUGCUCCCCGUCGGCUCUAAUUCAGUGUUUAUUUAGUUCAUUUCCACAAUAUUCGCUUUGCGACUUACAUUAUUAGUAUUUGUUUAAACGAGGUAUUUUUUAGAAUGUAUAUUUUCUGAAAAAAGCGCCGAGCUGACGUCAUAACCGCGGUGGUGAGAUGUGUUUACAUGCUCCUCAGUGUUUAUGAAUAUUAAUAUUCAAUAACUGACCGCUCGGAGCUCUGAUUAUUAACGAUGUCGGGGAGUUUUUACUUCGUUAUGGUGGGUCAUCAUGAUAACCCCGUGUUUGAGCUGGAGUUUCUCCCUCCGGGAAAGACCGAAGCGAAGGAGGACCACAGACAUCUGAACCAGUUCAUCGCUCAUGCUGCUCUGGAUCUGGUGGAUGAGAACAUGUGGCAGUCCAGCAGCAUGUACCUGAAGACCGUGGACAAAUUCAACGAGUGGUUCGUGUCCGCCUUCGUCACUGCUGGCCAUAUGAGAUUCAUUAUGCUCCAUGACGUCCGGCAAGAGGACGGAAUCAAGAACUUCUUUAAUGAUGUUUAUGAUCUGUACAUCAAGUUUGCCAUGAAUCCCUUCUACGAAGCCAACGCACCGAUUCGCUCCACAGCUUUCGAGAGGAAAGUGCAGUUUCUUGGGAAGAAGCAUCUGCUCAGUUGAUUCAUUUUGUACAUGUACUCUUGUUUUUGCAUUCUUGUCAUGCAGAAAUAUACAGGCGUGUUGAUUGUACUGUCAGAUACA